AUGGGUGUUCCAGCAUUUUUUCGGUGGUUGACUCGCAAAUAUCCAUCGGUGAUUGUUGAUGCUGUAGAGGAGAAGCCACGUGAUAUGAAUGGAGUUCGAAUUCCCGUUAAUACAGUCGACCCAAAUCCUAAUUUUCAGGAAUUCGAUAAUUUAUACCUGGACAUGAAUGGUAUUAUUCAUCCAUGUACUCAUCCAGAGGAUCGACCCUCUCCCAAAACGGAAGAGGAAAUGUUUACGCUAAUUUUCGAAUAUAUAGAUCGGUUAUUUGCAAUUGUUCGUCCUCGUAAACUUCUAUAUAUGGCAAUUGAUGGUGUGGCUCCAAGAGCAAAGAUGAACCAGCAGCGUAGCAGACGUUUUCGUGCCUCCAAGGAAGCUAUCGAAAAAGUUGAACAAAUUGCUGAAACAAGAUCACGACUAGAAAGUGAAGGUUAUCCGUUACCUCCCGAAAAAAAAAGGAGCAUUUCGAUAGUAACUGCAUAA